CAGGGCAGACGGGCACUGGAGCAAAAUAUUCAUCCCCACUUAACAUAUUAAUCAGGAUCAAUGCCCUCACAAACCUCUCCUUUAGGUUCAUCCAGGUCCUUUCACUAGUGGAAGUACCGAAGCCAGGGCAGAGGCGGUAAUAUAAGGCAGGACAGGACAGGAACACAACACCAAAGCCCAGCGGUUUCAGUAGCGCACACCACGGAGCGUCGCCUGGACUUGUGUAUCUGCGUCUCUACCAGUGGUUGAUAGGCUUAAUGACUGCUAACUCACACAUUUCGAGUGCGUGAUGCAUGUCGACUAACAUGUCAGAGCUCCUUGAAGUCACACAGUUCUGCUUUUUUAAUAUUUUUUCGCCAGUGGAUUACUCAUGCAGCAGUUCCUGAGGCUGCACAUGAUAUUGUUUGCAUGCGGAGAAACUUGCAGGAGCUCAUAAGUCGCUGUUUCUGUACUGUUGGAGGAGGAUCAGUUGUGCACGUAAACUUGCAGCGUAAACAUCUACUUGUCGGCUGCCCGUGAGCACUUUCCGAGAUGGAGUUGAAGAGCGCGUGUCGUAUGUUUCUCUUCCCGGUUCAAAUGCUCUAUUAUAUAGUUAGAGCAAGUUUAUUUUCGCUGUUGCCAAGCAGAAGGAAGGAUCUGACCAAGGAGGUGGUGUUGAUCACCGGUGGGGGACGAGGCAUCGGGCGUCACCUGGCCAAAGUGUUUGCCAAGCAAGGGGCCAGAAAGGUGAUCUUGUGGGGCCGAACAGAAAAGUGCCUCAAAGAAACAGCUGAAGAUAUCUCUCUCUCAGGAACAGAGUGCCAUUACUUCCUGUGUGAUGUGGCCAAUCGGGAGGAGGUUUACAGGCAAGCCAAGGUGGUUAGAGAAAAGGUGGGAGAUAUUACGAUAUUAGUGAACAACGCAGCUGUAGUCCACGGCAAAAGUCUGAUGGACAGCGAUGACAACGCCCUUCUGAAAUCCCAACACAUCAACACCAUGGGACAGUUCUGGACUACAAAGGCCUUCCUGCCUAGGAUGCUGGAGCUGCAGCACGGCCAUGUAGUAUGCAUAAACUCCAUCCUGUCCCAGUCUCCCAUCCCUGGGGCCAUAGACUACUGCACCUCCAAGGCCUCAUCUCUGGCCUUUAUGGAGAGUCUGACGUUGGGCCUGCUGGACUGUCCUGGUGUUGGCUGCACCACUGUGCUUCCCUUCCACACCAAUACAGAGAUGUUCCAGGGCAUGAGAGUCAGGUUUCCCCAGCUCUUUCCACCUCUCAAACCUGAGGUAGUUGCCCAGAGGACUGUGGAUGCCGUCAGAGCUGACAAGGCCUUCCUCUACCUGCCCUGGACUAUGCAUGCCCUUGUCAUUCUAAAAAGCUUCAUGCCACAAGUUGCACUUGAAGAAAUCCACAGGUUUUCUGGGAGUUAUACCUGCAUGAACACGUUCAAAGGGAGGACAUGAACCUGGAUUACACACAAUGUGAGAGCGACUUCAACAGCUCCGGGGUGUAAUGAAGGGAAUAUGGACCUUAAGACAUCUGGAAGUGGAGAAUGCCCCAUGACAGUGUGAAGACAAACACUUAAGGGACAUGCAAGGUGGUUGCUUCUGCAAGUAGAAUUAAUUGAUAAACUGCAGGAUACACCCUGGUCCCAUAUGUGUGUGUGCAUAUGUGUAUAGUAUGGAGGACUGAAUGCCAUUCUCACUUUGAACAGAAGCCAUGCAUACAUAGGUCUGUACCAGCAGUUAUUCUGGGAGUUUUUUGUGACACUUGUUUUAGUCUGUUUUUACACUUAUUUUUUAUUCUCCUUUUUAAUGUUUCCUUGAAUCAAAACAAGAUAAUAAAAUGGAGUUUUAGAGAUA